GGGGCGUAAGCAGUGAGUGGCAGGCCGGUCCCUGGAGGGAAACUACACCGCUUAAAACGUUCUCCAAAGGAAACGUCAUAUAACUCCUCGUACUAAAGAUAUGUUUCUGUCUGAGUCUGACGAUGAAUUGGAAGAGCUCCACUCGGAUUUGGACUCCGAGAGCGAGUGCAGUCUGGACGAGGAGGAAUAUGUUCCGAGGGGGCUGGCCCGAGGAUCCGACCAGGAUGACUUCAGUGAUGAGGACAGUUCAGACGAGGAGUGGGCUAGUAAGCCUAAGAGGAAAGUUUCCAGGAAGCGCUGCUGCUCUGUUUCUGCUUCUCCGGUGUCAUCACCCCUGAAAUCCCCAUCUAGGAAGCAGGAAGUGAGUCCAUGCAGAAAGAAGCUACGCUAUGCAUCCACACCCAAAAAAGAUACCUCCACCCCAAACAGUGGCAAGACAUUAUCCUCUCCACGGGGGAAAAACAAAAGCUGUAAGCCAGCAGAAAAAAAAGUUGUGAUAGAGGAAGAGGAUGAUGUUGAUGGAGACCGGUGGUGUAAUAUUGAUGAGGAAGACGUUGAGCCUCUUCAGCCACGGUUCAGACCUGACAGAGACGUAGGGCCGCAGCUGAACAGAACAGCUAACUACACGCCACUCGAACUGUUUCAGCUGUUCUUCUCCAUGACAGUAAUCAAUACUCUGGUGAAAAAUACCAAUGCCUACGGGAAAAAUAAAUACCAAGGCCAGAAGGAAAGCUGGGUGCCUGUCACAACAGCCGACAUGUACUCCUUCAUCUGCCUUGUCCUCUACAUGGGUAUUGUACCUCUUAAAACUCUGAAAGAGUUCUGGAGAGGAUCUAAACUGUUUAGCUUACCAUUUCCUGCCUCUGUCAUGCCCUGCAGACGCUUUCUAGCCAUCUCCCGCAGCCUACACAUGAAUGAUCCUGCUGUAGAGAUGGCCAAUGAACAGAAGAAAGGGACAUCAGGGUAUGACCGACUUUGCAAGAUAAAGCCACUCUAUGGGCAGAUUUUGGAGGCCUGCUACACUUUCUUUCAUCCCUACCAGCAUAUCUCCAUAGAUGAAAGGAUGGUGGCGAGCAAAGCAAGGAUCAGUUUUAAGCAGUACAUCAAAAGCAAGCCUACAAAAUGGGGCUUUAAGCUUUUUGUUUUAGCAGAUUCAUCGUGUGGCUACACCCUAAACUUUUUUGUAUAUGUGGGAAGAGAAGGCGUGUCCUCAGGGAAGGGGGUAAGCUAUGAUGCUGUGAUGAGACUGCUGAAAAUCCCCUUUCUGGGUAAAGGAUACAAGCUCUACACGGACAACUUUUACACCAGUCCAACUCUUUCCCUUGACCUCCUUCAGAGAAAAAUCUGGUGUGUUGGCACGCUUCGCUCUAACGUAGCAGGGUACCCCAGAACGAAAAGGAAUGCCAUGCCUGAGAAAACACCCAGGGGAACCCUCCGGUGGAUCAGAAAAGGACGGUUGCUGUUUGUGAAGUGGUUAGACACCCGGGAGGUAACAAUGUGCUCCACUUUACACAAGGCUUACAGCAAUGAAAUGGUGAAGCGGAAAGUGAAAGACGCAGAUGGACAGUGGAGAGUGAAGGAAGUGCCCGUCCCAGGCUGCAUCAAAGAUUACAACCAGCACAUGGGGGGGGUUGACUUGUCAGAUGCCCUCAUUAGCUACUACAACGUCCUCCAUAAAACCCACAAAUGGUACAAGACUCUUUUUUAUCAUUUUGUGGACAUAGCCACCGUGAAUGCCUUCAUCCUGCACAAAGGAAUGUGCAAACUGCAGAAUCGGCCCAUGUUAAAGCAGAAAAACUUCAGGGAACAACUGAUUGUGGCCCUGGCUGAGAUCGGGUCAACUCCACGGCGGUCAGGCCCACAAAACUUUAUGUUGCCUGCCUCUCCAUUCAAAGUGCCUCCUGCUUCUCCAUCCAUUGUACCGGCCAAUGCAGCUCCGUGUCCAUCGGCUGAGCUGCCAGAUGCUCCAGGUGUAGGUCACCUGCCAGCUUACUUUGUUGAGCAAAUGACCAAUGUGGCCCCCAAAGAUCGAGCCACAGCUGGCAGAAGGGCGUGCGUGGUCUGCAAGAGAAAGUCGCCAGUCUACUGCAGUACAUGUCAAAAAACACUUUGUUUCACUACUUUAAGGAACUGUUAUAGUGAGUGGCAUAGAGACAAUCGUAUUUGUGUGUAAGCGACCACACUGACUUGUAUAUAGUGUGUAUAAAGGGCCCUAUGAUAGGGAGAGGCAGCUGAUGUGUCACCAUUUUCUGAUAAGUCCUUCAUAAACAUGUUCCUUUGAUUCCAACAAGUCUUGAAAUGUCAUAAGGCUUUUUACCAUGUUUACAUUGAGUACUUAAAACACCUAUGCAAUUGGUCUUCAUGUACAAAACUACAAUAACUUGAAUAAUAGCCUUAAAGUGUGUUUAAUGAGCUAGAGGAAACUCUACAAAAAGUAUUAAUCUACCUAUCAAUUUUUACUGGCAAAAUUAACUAUCAAAAUUAAAGUACUCCCAAGGCUAUUGUAUCUGUUCCAGUUAUUACUCCUUAUACAUUUCAAUAUCUCUGAAACUCUUAAAAAUAACAUACAUGAUAUGUAACUGUAAAGCAGAACUUACUAACCAGGUAGCAUCAUGUCACUGUCUGGAACACAGAAAUAUUGGAGUAACAACUAUAUAUCAUCUAAAAAAACACAAUUGAAAAGUCGUCUCCCAGCAUCAUAGACAUAGACAUCUACGUACCACUGCCUGGAAGACUGCUGGAAAAAUUAGAGAUUAGAGACAAUAUAGUGUCAGAAGAUAAUGGGCAAAUUCAUAUUAAUGAGCGCAGCUUCUAAAACUCUUAUAGCUAAAUUAGUUUGAAGUACUUAAAUAUUUGAAAAGGCGGGACUUUUUUUAUAUUAACAAUAUUAGAUUUGGUUAUGUCAGAGCUGUGGAAUAUUUCUCACACUCAGGUGUACAUCAGCUCCAGGUUAUAAACUUAUUUAAAAUGCGAAAUACAGCUCCGAAAAAUAUUAAGAGACCACUGCGGCAUUAUCAAUUUCUCUGGUUUGACUAUUUAUAGGAAUGUGUUUGAGUGCAAUGACGUUUUUGUUAUGGUAUUCUAUAAACUACUGACAAUAUUGCUCUGUGUUGGAAUUCGACAUACAAUGGAAUGGAAAGCCUGCCAUACAUAGAGAUUGAAAUUUAAGAACAAUUUGGAGUGGUCUCUUGAUUUUUUUUCAGAGCUGUAUCUGUUAAUGUUUAUUAGCCUUCAGAAGCAGGUCAUUAUGAGUGUCAGCAGAACAAAACCAAUCAUAUUGUGCAUCCCAAAUGAAAAUCAAUACCUCAGGUCAUCUUCUGUUAUCUGCAACUAAGAUCCUUCUUACAACAAAUGAUGAUUCUUCAUGUGGGAAGUUCAUUUAGUUAUUUAAAUCAAUGGAAGACAGUUAAACUACCUCUGAAAAUGUUUACAUGUGCACUCGUUUAACUAAAAUGACAUCUUAUUGUUGUUAACAUGAGUCAUUUGUUACUCAGCUGUUGUUUCUCCAGGUUUUGGUACUGCUGUACAGUACCUCAGCAGCUUCCUCAUUUUCUUCUUUUUUGUAUGCAACAAAAAGUUUUCUUUGCUUCAUAUUUGUAUUUCUGAAGCUCAGAUGUUUAAACAUACUUAAUAUAAAGCAGAACUUUUGUACAUAUAAGCAUGCCGUUUUCUUUUUACAGUUUACCUCAUCAACUCACUCCACACUAAUGACACGAUACUUGGUGCUACAUUUACAUGGAUCUACAUUUCACAAUUGUUUGUGAAUAUUUAAAGAGUUCUUUACAACAACAGAGCACACUAUUAAAGCAUUUUGUACUGAACAAUGAACGUUACAUUACUACAGUCUCAAUCUGCAAUACUUCUCCAGCUCUUCCAAAGUUAUUUCAAAGUGCCUCUUCUGUUGAUAAACAUGUUUUUUAUACACUACUCUUUUGAAUGCUGUAUGUGUAAGUAGGUUGGAGUAGGGAUUUGGAAUAGCCUUUUUUGUGUGUGUUGUUGUACAAAAAUAAAAAGUAAAUACAAAU